CUUUCCUAUCACCAAUACCAUAAUCAACCUCAACUCGCCAUUGUCCACGCGAACACCUUUUGGAGAACCCAACAACCCAAACACCAACAUGCGCACCUCAUUUGUAACUCUUCUGCUCGCAUGCAGCAGCUACACCGCCCUCGCAUUGCCCUCACACGGUAGCAUCGCCAAGCGAUCUUGCGACGCCAAUGUCUGUAUCGUCCAGUGUAUCGCCCAGGGCUUCCAAUCCGGCAUGUGCGCUAGCGAGAACACCCCCUCCCUGCAACUCCUGGGCCUCGAGCUCCUCGGGCAGGCCUUGCCAGGCUGCAUGUGCAUCCCAACCAGCGGCUCCGGCAGCAGCUCCACCGGCGCCACCAACGCCGCCAACGCUCCCGCUGUCAACGCCGCCGCUGCCACGACGACCACCACUGCUACUGUAACUACCACCUCAACUGCCGUCCUGACUUCCACUUCCACCGCGACGACCACCGUCACCACCACUAGCACUACCACUGCCACAGCCACUAACACCCAAGUCGCGCUUCAAGCAGCCCCAGCAGUAAACCCACCUGCCCCCAGCACGGUCACCAGCACUGCCACGGUCACCAGCACUGCCACCACAACUGCCACCACAACUGCCACCGAAACCGAAACCGAAACACAAACCCAAACCCAAACGCACACGCAAUUCAACACCCGCACCAUCACCCAUUCUGCCCCUCUCGCCACUACCACUAUUACUGCCUCCGAUGCAAACGCAGCAGCGGCUCCUGCUGCUGCUGCCGCCGUCCAGACCGUGUACACGGCCACCACGACGAACCAUAUCCCGUUCACAACGACGAAGACGGUGGUCGUGAAGACGACGACGACGGUGUGCCCGACUUCUUAAUUUCUGUUUCUCUCUGGUGUGCACAUGGAUGUGGGUUCUCUUCAAUAUGGAUUCUUUUAAUCACUUUUUCUGUCCCUUGUGGACUACGCUCAGAACAAGAGGGACGGGCUUUCUCUUCGUUGUAUAUAAUUGCUUCAUUCACUU